UGUCAUUCAAUUCAAGGGUACACUAACUUCAAUCUGCUAUGUUAAUAGUGGCUCUCUUAACUGUGUUUCUGCUGCAAGGAGCAGCUCAUUCUCAGUCUUUCUUCUUUAAUAGAUCUGUCAAUCGCCCAGGACUGCAAGUGGACUCCACUGGGAGAGCAUUCCUUGCUGCAGGCAACUACCUGUAUAGACUGAAUGCUCAGCUAAUACAAGAAGAGAAAGUUGAUGUAGGAGCUAAUGUCAUCAAUAGAGGACUGGCCCUGAGCUCUACUGGGAUGGUGGUGGUGUGUUUAGUGGAUCGCUCUUGCUCUGUGUACAGUGCAAGUAACCUCAGUGCUGGUCCUAUCAGGAGUGUCAGUGAUGCUAUAGGAGAUCGUGCUGGUCCUAUCAGGAGUAUCAUAAAAGGAAAUUAUGGAGCCACUAUCAUUACAUCAGGAGACACUUUCUACACUGGAGCAUUAACUGGUAUAGGACAGAUAAUCGUAUUGCAACAAUUCGGAGAGGGGUUCCAUAGAUCAUCUGAAAACAAUUCAUCAGGCACACGCAAUGAACUGUUUUUUGGGGUUAGUGACUUUGUACGACAAUUCUAUCCAUAUGGUGGUUUUAUAAGUGGUGGAUUUGCCUAUUAUGUUGUCGUCGACUACCAACCUGUUACUGCACAAUCUAUAAGACUAUUACGUGUUUGCAACCUGCCUGAUUGUGGCGGCCCAAGUACCUGUGGAGUGACUGCUUUGUAUGAACUAGGAUUCAAUUGCGGCUUUCAGUCGAUCACUGAAGAUACUCAUGUGUGUGCAGUGUCAUUAGUGGAGGACUUCAGUGGGAUAUCUGGACCCACUGCUGUGGUGACUAUUUGCUUUGGCAAUACUAACUCUAUUUGUUUUGUGAAUGUCACUGCUGUCAAUGAAGCUAUGGACGCUAAAUAUGACUCUUGUAUUGUGUCACGCACUGCUGGGGAACAAGUUGGUUUAGCAUGGAAAACAGGUUCCUCAGAAAGCUGCGAUACUCUGCCUCAGAUAACUGUGGACAGAUGUGACACACCCAGUCCAGUUGGCCUUCUCGCCCCAAAUGGUGGUAUUGACAUAAUAGCACCAGUUCGUUUUAACUUUGGAGACAGCCUUGUCCCUUUUAAUUCAGUAGCUGUGAAGGUGGAGCAGUUUUCCUUCGUGUUUGUUGCAACUGUUGAUUCAAGGAUAAUAGGAUACGAUGUCAGUGGUACAUCAAUCCUGGGCCCCGAUAGUACAUUCUACAGUCAGCCAGUGUCAUCUGUUCUACUUCAGUUGUCAUGGCAGGAAGGACUGAACUACAUCACAGCAGCCACUGAAGACACUGUGUUCCAAGUACCCAUAGAGGAGUGCUCUCAGCGUAUAGACUGUACCAGUUGUACCAAUGACCUCAAUCCGCUGUGUGGGUGGUGUGUGGUGGAGAACAAGUGCUCUCGUCAGACGCAGUGUCAGAACUCCAGUCUCUCCAGUAGAUGGAUACAGGACAAUGCCUGUGUUACUGCCACUGUAGACCCUAUGCAACUUGUGUUUGACCCUGCGAUUCUUGCUAACGAGUUCACGGUGACCCUGACCUCCCCCGGCCUGCCUAAUCCCCUUCCUGGAGAGAACAUUUCCUGUCAUCUGGCCGACGGUGAAGGACGUUUUCCACCCAUCAUAGUACCAGCUGUUGAGGUCACCUCGAGAACAGUGUUCAGUUGUGAUAUUGAAGGACUGGUACCUGACUAUCCUGGAAUGACUGCAACCAUCAACCUGGGAUUUCAGAGCUCUCUGUUUAAUGAGCCAUUUGAUAUCACCAACCAAGCACUCACCAUCUACAGGUGCUCAGCAGGAGAAAGUUGUAAGGAUUGCCUCGGGCUCAACAGUCCGUGUGGAUGGUGUAACCUCAACAAGCAGUGCAGUGGAACAUCAGCUCCUUGCAGGAAUGCAUCUCACUUCCUACAGGUGUCUGGAGGCAACAACUUCACUGCCGAGUGCCCCCUGUUAGACACGCCACCCUCUGGUGUGUAUACUCAACCAGUGAGGGUGGCCAAGGACCUUCGAUUGACUACCAGGAACCUCAUCGCCCCCACUGAUGGCUUUGAGUACUAUUGUGUUGUGAAUGGAGUGAGUCUGACAGCUCAGUAUGAGAGCGAGAGCUCCAUCCUGUGUACAGUGGGCAGUGGGCAACUUAUUCUUUCUCCUGGGGCUAGCAGUUCCCUUGUGUUUGCCAUGGUAACCUGGACGGGGGAUGACACCAACCACCUACUGAGCAACACCAUGCAACAAAUUCCAGUCUCAAUAUUGAAGCUCUCUAGUACUGCAAUAGGACAAGGUGAAUUUGGCAUUGUGUACAAGGGUGUUCUGACAGACUGGAACAAUAUACCUAUACAGGGGGUAGCCGUGAAGACAUUAAAAGGUUUGUUCUCAUUGUCUGACGUUCAGAACAUGGUGUGUGAGGUGAACAAGAUGCAGGACUUUGACCAUCCUCACGUCAUGUCCCUGAUUGGGGUGUGUCUCGAUGCUGGCUCCGGCAUUGCCAUAGUGAUGCCAUAUAUGGCCAACGGGAGUCUCUUGGACUACCUCAAAAGAGAGAGAAGCACCCUUGAGCUAGACGAAGAGUGUGGGAUUGAUCAGAUUCUGGAAGUGAGGAAACUGCUACUAAAGAUGUGUCAUCAGAUAGCAUUGGGAAUGGCCUACUUGGCCGAGCAGAAGUUUGUUCAUCGUGACCUUGCAGCCAGAAACUGCAUGCUGGACUCGGGAGGGGGUAUCAGGGUGGGGGACUUUGGUCUAGCUGAAGACAUCUAUGCUAGUGGCUACUUCAAACAGAACGACCGAGCUAAUGUGAAGCUGCCCUAUAAAUGGAUGGCCUUGGAGAGUCUCAACGACGCCAUCUUCACAGAGAAAACUGAUGUGUGGUCGUAUGGUGUGACUGUGUGGGAGGUCUUCAAUGGAGGACGGACCCCCUACCCUGCCGUGGACCCACACUCCCUCAUCCAGCUGCUGGGAGAGGGGCGGAGACUAGAGAGACCUCUCAAUACAGCCUGUGCCACCGAGAUUUCUGCGGUAAUGCGUCAGUGUUGGAGGGAGGACCCAGAGGAGAGGCCAACCUUCUCACAACUGUCUGCCAUUGUGGAGCGGCUACUGACAUCCAUUUCUGGCUACACUGAGCUCGGUAUGGUGCUACUGAACACCAUUCAAGAAGCGGUUCAGCUCAAAUUUGACUGUGAACCCACACGUACUAAUCAUGAAGACCAUCGCUAUGUAGAACCUCCGUCCAGUUUCAAGAACAGCGGACUGUAUGAUCUCAGGGAAGAAAUUACUACAACAGACAAUUUAUAACUAUAUGUGAGUGGUAGAUGUUCCCUGCAUGCACAUGCAGUAUUAUAGUAACAGCAUAAUAUACAAUUAUGGUAUAAACUACAACGUUAACUCCAGCUGCUUUGGUUGAAUUUCGGUGCAACCAUCGUAUACAAUUUACUCAUAUAAUUAUACACACAGUAUUAUCGUAGCUUAUAUUCUAUAUAUUUUUUUACACAUGUAUGCAAUUGUUUUGUUUGUCAUUUUAAA